GUGUGUUGAACUGAGCGGAGGUGAAGAAGAGGAGGAUGAAGCUGGGAGCGGAGGAUGGGAGGAAGAGUGGAGUAAGAGACAGGCUAGCUGUGUGUGAAUGAGUGAGGAAGAGGAGAGGAAGGUCGUCGGAGGGACCGACAACAAAGACUUCAAUAUUUUGGGGAUAACCUCCGGAACAUUCCGAACGGAAACUUUCAACUUUUUACCCGCCACAUCUCGGCUUGUUGUGUCCGGGAGCCGGCUUUGUUUCACGGCGGGGGUGUCUACGAUAAAUGAAGGAAUAACAUAGAUCCCCCAUCGACCUCUUUCUACCCGAGCGGGGGAAUACCCUGGGACUGCUUUUGAUAAAGGUUACAAGAGAAUGGCGGCCAACAUGUACCGAGUGGGAGAUUACGUGUACUUUGAGAACUCCUCCAGCAACCCGUACCUGAUCCGUAGAAUAGAAGAGCUCAACAAGACGGCCAAUGGGAACGUGGAGGCGAAGGUGGUGUGUCUGUUCAGGAGGCGGGACAUCUCAGGAAACCUCAACACCCUGGCCGACAGCAACGCAAGAGAGUUUGAGGAGGAGUCCAAGCAGCCCACGCCGUCCGAACAACAGAAGCACCAGCUCAAACACAGAGAACUCUUCCUGUCUCGGCAGUUCGAGUCCCUCCCGGCCACACACAUACGGGGGAAAUGUAACGUCACCCUCCUCAAUGAAACGGACGCGUUGUCCGGCUACCUGGAGAAGGAGGACUGCUUCUUCUACUCGUUGGUGUUCGACCCCGUCCAGAAGACCCUGCUGGCGGAUCAGGGCGAGAUCCGGGUGGGCUCCAAGUACCAGGCAGAAAUCCCCGACAAGCUCGCUGAGGGUGAGCUCGACACCCGGAUCCAGGAGAAGCUGGAGACCAAAGUGUGGGACCCCAGCAACCAGCUCAAAGACCCUCAGAUAGACCAGUUCCUGGUGGUGGCGAGGGCGGUGGGGACCUUCGCUCGCGCCCUGGACUGCAGCAGCUCCAUCCGCCAGCCCAGCCUGCACAUGAGCGCGGCGGCCGCCUCCAGAGACAUCACGCUGUUCCACGCCAUGGACACGUUGCAGAAGAACAGCUACGACCUGGCCAGAGCCAUGUCCACGCUGGUGCCUCAGGGCGGCCCGGUGCUGUGCCGCGACGAGAUGGAGGAGUGGAGCGCCUCGGAGGCCAUGCUGUUCGAGGAGGCGCUGGAGAAAUACGGGAAGGACUUCAACGACAUCCGCCAGGACUUUCUGCCCUGGAAGUCUCUAGCCAGCGUGGUCCAGUUCUACUACAUGUGGAAGACCACCGACCGCUACAUCCAGCAGAAACGACUCAAGGCGGCGGAGGCGGACAGCAAGCUGAAGCAGGUGUACAUCCCCACCUACACCAAACCCAACCCCAACCAGAUCAUGCUGCCGGGCAGCAAGCCGGGCAUGAACGGGGCGGCGGGCUUCCAGAAGGGGCUCAGCUGUGAGAGCUGCCACACGGCCCAGUCUGCCCAGUGGUACGCCUGGGGGCCUCCCAACAUGCAAUGCAGGCUGUGCGCCUCCUGCUGGAUCUACUGGAAGAAGUACGGCGGCCUGAAGACGCCCACGCAGCUCGAGGGCGCCGCUCGAGCCGGCUCCGAGUCAGGCCCCCGCGGUCACAUGACGCGCCAGGAGGUCCAGGGCUUGUCGCCGUUCACCCGCAACGAGGGCCGCGCCAAGCUGCUGGCCAAGAACCGGCAGACCUUCAUCCUGCAGACCACCAAGCUGACCCGCAUCGCCCGGCGGGUGUGCGACGACAUCCUGCAGCCUCGGCGCGCGGCGCGGCGGCCAUACGCCUCCAUCAACGCCAACGCCGUGAAGGCUGAGUGUAUCAUCCGGCUGCCCAAAGCCACCAAGACUCCUCUCAAGACCAAGCUGGUGCCCCGCCCGUCUCUGGCCAACAUCGUGAAGGACUUGGCCAUCUCGGCUCCUCUGAAGCUGAAGGCGUCCCGAGGACCCCCGACCCCCAUCAACAGGAACCAGGCCAGCCAGCCCCGUGUGGGCCAGAGCCUGCUGGGGAAGAGAGGCUUCGACAGCGCCACAGGCGUGCCCUACCCGGCCAAUGGGAGACCGUACACUUCAGGCAUGAGGACCACCUCUCAGUCGGUCAUCAAGCGGCAGAAGGUCAGCCAGGGGGAGGCGCCCAACCCGGUGGUGUUUGUGGCUACAAAGGACACCAGGGCUCUGAGGAAACAUCUGACCCAGUCAGAGAUGCGCCGGGCAGCGAGGAAACCUCACCUGCUGGUCCGGAUCAAGCUGCCGCCGCCCCCCCGCUCCCUGGCCAUGCCCCUGCUCCCCUGCAACACCAACGAGCCCAUCGUCCUGGAGGACUGAAGGGAGGAGGGGUCACGGGCGGGGUUGGUCUUUUAACCAGGACAUGGGCUCAAUCUGGGGGAGGGUCUGUGCUCAGGCUGUCGCCUCACGGGCAGCACAGAGCGCCACACCAGAAGUCUUUUAUUUCCCUUUUCUUUAGUCCUCUGUUACUUCCCAAACAUUGAUGUGACACACACACACUUAGAUGACUGUACAUUUCCAUCACAACACACACACACACAUUGACACACCUUGGGCGUUAUAGUAUUUUAUUCCCGAUCCUGAAUAAUUAUUUUUUUUGCUCCUCUUUUUCAAUUCCGCCUGUUUUUUAAAAUGUGUAAUUUAAAUCGAGAUUCUUCUCAUCCUGAAAACGACGGUGUUCAAGCCCACUUUAGUUCUGUCUCCCUCCACGACGUCUCUAUCUUUGUGUAAAUAUACGGUGUAAAGGGGAUGAAGCCCACGGGGCGUGAGGAGGAUGGGGGCGGGGUCUAGUCGUCCAGCAGGGUCACAUCUGAUUGGCUGAGCUCACUGUGCUCCGUCUGCUGGGGGAGUUUGGGGACGUGUCGAGGUGUUUGUCGGCUGUAACUCGUCAACGUUCCCCGUCGUCAGCCAGGAGCCCAGCGAGUUCCCGGGGUCACGACCCCUACGAGUCACGUCCUCCUAGGGGUCAUGACCCCUACGAGUCACGUCCUCCUAGGGGUCACGACCCCUACGAGUCACGUCCUCCUCACCUCGGUCUCAAAGAUCCUGAGUGAGCACAAAACCACUCGAGUCACACCGUCGAUUAUCGUCACUAUGGAUGAAUUAAUAAAACAUUCACAAUCCUCUCCAGAGCUGAACGGGCCAUCUUCAAACUGCUUGUUUUAACCAAUGAAUGCUCCUAAAAAAAAGUUACCCUUUAAACUUACGGAAAUCAGCCAACAGGUUCGUCUUAGUUUCUACAGACUCGGCUAGUUUUGUGCUCACUCUAUUUUUUAAUGAAUAAUGGACCCUCUACGUGACGCCUUCUCCUUCUCCAGGCCUCACAGUAGCCAUUUAACAAGAGACGGGCCCUCCUGGUGUUUGGUCUCCUGUCAGCUGUUGGCCGCUGUGAGGGGAGGAGUCUCCUGACCUCCUGACCUCGGCCCGAGGAGUCAAAGGGCGGAGCUCACCGCUCAGUGUAGGUCGUGUUGGGGAGGAUGAUGAUGGUGCUGUGACGGGAUGAGGGACGCGUGGCUUUGAGGCCCUCUGCUCCAGAAUGAAGCCAUAAUGUGCAACAAGGAAACAUGAAUCUCUCCCCGCGGCUCAUAUUAGAACCGAUGCUGACCGGUUGGUUUGUUUAAAGAAAGAAAAGCAGCAAUAUGUAAAAAUGUAUGGAAGCCAAUUGGGGUCAAAAAGGGAAGUUCAUGAAUAAUUUAGCAAAAAGAGUGAGAAGACACACGGCGGAGUGACGUCACGCUCCUCGCCUCGCCGUCGAUCACUUCCUCCGUCUGCUUUGGGUCGCCGGUUCGUACCGCUACGGAAAAAAAAGGUUGAGUCCGAAAAAGCAAGUUGAUGAUUGUAAUUCCCGUGACCCCCCCCCCCCCCCCCCCACACACACACACAGCACCGAUGGACGCCGCAGGUUUUAUGAGCAAGUUUGGUCCCAAUGUGGGCUUUUGUAAUAUUUCUCCAAAAAAGAAAUUUGAAGUGUCGAGUUUGUAGCAAAUACUAAUCUGUGUAAAAAGUGGAGAACUGGCAUAUUUUAAACUUUUUUACAUCUAAAAUGUGUAAUUCUGCUCUGUUAUUGUGGAGACGGCUCGGCCCGGCCACUGUACAUGUGACGCGUUGCGCUCCUAAAUCGAGUGGGGGAGGGGAGGGAGGGUCAUUUGAACCAGGGGCCCCAUUCAAAAGGUACAGGGGGCUGAUUUUUGUAUGAUGGAGACAAAACAUGCUACAAACUGAAACUUUUUCUCAAGUGUUUUUUAUUCCAACGUCUCUGUAUCCCUUAAUGUAUCUUGAUAAGAAAAGAAAUAAAGAAUUUUUUUUUCUUCGUGGUCAGUCAUGGGCUCUUUCUGCGCUGUGUUCAGUAUCUCUUUGAUGUACAAAUUAUCAACAACUGACAAAUACAAAAAGGUUCCAGUU